AUGGCAGAUACCUCCGUUGCUAACAUGCCAUUGCGAAUUGGAACCCGAAGAUCCAAUCUUGCCAUUGUCCAGGCUAAGGGCGUCCAAGAUCAGCUGCAGAAGAUUGCACCAGACCACACUUUUGAGAUUGAAGCACUCCAUACCCUUGGAGAUAAGGAUCAAAAUAGUGCUCUCUAUAAUUUCGGCGCAAAGAAUCUAUGGACAACAGAGCUAGAGGAAUUGCUUACUUCUGGCAAACUAGACGUUAUCGUACAUUGUCUCAAAGGCGAGUGCUCUAAAAAUUCAGAUAUGCCCACAAACCUCCCGGAUAGCUGUGACUUGGCUGCCAUCCCUCUCCGUGAUGAUCCGCGUGAUGCUCUAAUUGUGAAGGCUGGCCUACCAUAUACAAGCUUACAAACACUACCUGAAGGUGCUAUUAUUGGCACCUCUUCAGUACGUCGCUCUGCUCAGCUUCACCGUUUAUUCCCUAGUCUACGUUUUACAAAUAUACGCGGUAACGUUGAAACUCGCUUAGCAAAGCUCGAUGAUCCUCAGAGCGAGUAUACCUGCAUAGUAAUGUCAGCUUGUGGGCUUGAACGUAUUGGGCUUGGUUAUCGUAUUAGCCAACGGCUAGGCUCUAAGGAUGGGGGGAUUCUACAUGCUAUUGGUCAAGGUGCACUCGGCCUCGAGGUCCGGAAGGGUGACACUAAAAUCCUACAUCUGCUAGAUCAGCUAGUAGACCACAAGUCAAGUCUUGCAUGUCUUGCCGAGCGUGCUCUAAUGCGUACGCUCGAGGGUGGCUGCAGCGUUCCAAUUGGUGUUGAAACAGAGUGGCUUGAUGAAGGAGAGGCCGCUGAUCCGAUCCUGGAGAUGAGAGCAAUAGUUGUUAGCCUUGACGGUUCUCAAUGUGUUGAAGACAGUAUUAAUGCGGCGGUGCAUACCAAAGAUGAGGCUACUGUCCUGGGACAAGAAUUAGCUGCACGAAUGUUAAAGGCGGGUGCUGCUACAAUUUUGGAAGAUAUCAAUAAGAAUCGGCCAUCUAAGGACUGA